CAGAUUGGUGGUUGAGUUCAUGGUCCAGAAAACAAGCAUCAACUGAAAGGUGAAGAUCACAUCGGCCACAUUCUUCAUUGGCAAGACAGACGCGCCAAGCUCACAUGGAGAUCACUGUAAAGAUACUGCAGGGCGAGGAGUGCCAGGUUGAGGUCUCACAGGAUACAACGAUAUCCAUGCUGAAGACGCUGGUGGAGUCGAAGCUCCGGGUGCCCAAGCAGACGCAGAAGCUGGUAUACCGUGGCAAGACGCUACAGGACGACGAGACUGUGACGUCGUCGCGCCUCACGCCCGGCGCCAAGGUGUUCCUGGUGACGAUGAAGACGGCGGCUUCGGCACCUCCGACCGACCCGUGGGCGCCGCUCCAGAGCCUGGCCGAGCGUCACCUGGGCAAGGAGGACGCACCCCGGCUGCUCGCCGAGUUCAAGAAGAAGUUCGAGCUCCGACUUAGCGCCAUGAGCAUGGACGAUAUCCAGCGCUUCUGCGCCUCGGACAUGAAGGAGUUUUGAGUGGGAACUCACGGGCGCACGGGAUUUGUGGGUGGGGACGCCAUGGACAAAGGAGUUCUGGGUGGAAGCGUGGCAGACAUGAAGGAGUUCCAAUUGGGAGUGCCGCUGACUGAAAAUAGUCCAGAGAGCAGUGCCGCGGGCAAUACGAUGCUCUGAAUAUGUUGCUGCAGACAAGAAGAGGUUCUGAGCGAGUGACCGCGUGCGUAAAAAAGUUCUGACCGGGAUUGUGAGGGACAUGGAUAAUUUUAAGUGGGAUGAUUGCUGCCAUGAAAGAGUUUUGUCGUGGGUGGCGUGGGCGUGACCAAGCUUCGGGUAUGGGUGGCAGAAAUGUGAAAUAUUCGUUAGCUAGGGGCGCUGAGCAUGAAUGCAAGUUUUGAGUGUGGAUUAGUUGCGCGGCUUGCAUGAGCCGGCGCUGCCAACCUUGCGUGAUUUUAGGUGUUCGAUCUGUGCUGAGUGAUGUGCAUGAUAUUGGGACAUGAUUUCAAUACAACCUUAAAUGGAAUGUUUCACAGCUGAAGAUAUGAAAACCAGCAUCAGAUGUGAUAAAACAAGCUCGCUUAUAAAUAUCGGCAUAUUUGUAAUACAACAGAUUGCUCUAGACCACAUGAUUUCUCGGUUUAGCAAAUAUGUUCCUCGAUAUGUUAUUUGAUUACGUCAUCGUGCCUUGCACAACAUUGACUGAGAGGUAAUUAACGGCCGUUUUAUCUGGAAAUGGUGCUCAUGAA